AUGUUUGUUUUUGCCACCGCCGUGCUUCAGUUUGGCUUUGGCGCCGGGUACUCGGGCGCAGCUUGCGAAACUGCCAUUUUGCUCUGUCUAGUGUGCUAUGUGACAACCAAGCUCAUAUACCUGUUCUUGGUAGAGAAAGCGUACAUAAUACGAUCGAGCAACAAGAAGCCGAGGCUUAAGUCCAAACUUUACAUCUUCAACUCGUUCGGCAUGAUUGGGGCAUACUGCUUGGUGGUCGUGCCAAACUUUGUGUUACGGUUCGCGCGAGUAGAGAAUGUCUUUGACCUUCUCGUCAACGUCUACCUGACCAUAAUCUUUCUAAAACCGCUCUCGGGCCUCUACUCCUACAAGAACUUCGAUCGGGCUCCUGGUAGCCGACGACUUAAAACCAUGGCCACGAGGACUUUUAUCGGCUGCAUCUGCACCCUAACCAGCAGCAUAGUCAACCUCUCUGUCCUCGUAGUCCUAUUCAGCGCAGCCGUGAUCCACUGGGUCACCUCCCGAGACAGCACCACCAGCCCACACCCCUCCGACGACACCCUACCCUCCUCCGGGACUCCCAACCCCAACAACCAUAACGCUUGUGGCUGCGGGCUAGGGGGGCAAGACAACGAGCUAGGUGCCAUCCCGCACCGCAUAGCCCGACACAUGCGUCUCUCGGACGAAGACGACGACAAGAGCCCAGCCGCUACCAAGUCCAAGACCACGCGCAGAUCCCACCUCUCCCUGAGCACGGAAGCCGAGGCAAUCAUGGUCGACGACGCGGCCAAGAUGUCCGGCACCCCCUCCUCCUCCUCGGGGGGUGAUGACGACGGCGACGGGGACGGCGAUGGAGACGGCAACACCUCACCCCGCACAACCACCAGCACAACCACAACCACUAGCAGCACGCUCCACGAGCGAGAGGGCACGCACAACACACCAUUCAGCAUCCUCACCCCCGAAGCAGCCGGAAGAAACAGAACGCCAACACCCACCCUCCGCAACCGAGCUCCGUCGGAAGUGCGCGUGGACAUCGACUACGGGACGACGACGACGACGACCACCACCACCACCACCGCCGCCGCCGCCACCGCGGCGCUUGGUCAUCAGGAUGAUGAGGCAGAAGGAUUGGGGCUGAGGCUGGGGAACGAGGUGGUUAUUGGUUCUGGUUCUGGCUCUAGCUCUGGGGCCGGUUCUGGGGCCGGGGUGGGGGGAGGGAUGGGGAGGCAGAGGGGGCGGGGGAGGGGGUGGCGGUAG